GUAAUAAUACUUUAUAUUGAAACGUUGGCAAGUUGAAAAUGGAGAGACAGGAAAUAAGGUAGCUAACCCAACCGACCGCCUGCUUACUACUUGAGUUAUAGAUUUGAGCCUUACAAUGACAUUAAACAGGAUUUGAUCUCGGUAGAUGCCACUAAUGAUAUGAUUUCGAAAUACAACCAGCUCUCGGUUAAUAGCAUAUCGAUAAAUAAAAGAAGAAGGAAAUCUCAAAAUAAGACUAAGUUACUUCACUCCAAAUCUGCAUUUAAAAUGAUGAGGAAUAACACCAAGCCGUAUCCGGUCAAUAUGAGUAUGGUCCAGAAGUCGCCUAAAGAGAGCAAAUAAUGCUUCAAAAUGAAAAGAAAGUAUUUGCAGCACCCAAACUUUACAAUGAGUAAAUUUUAGAAAAAAGAAGUACUCCAGAUCAAAAAUACCUCAACUAGAGAACGACAUGAUCAAAAUUGUUAUCCAAAAGGAUGCCUGAUGUAAAGGAAGGAAUAACUGAAGAACUCCGACCGGUAGGGCAAUAACAGGUCUUAAAAAGGCUCAUACAGCUUCAAUAAUUAGCAAGAAUAUUCAUAACAAAGAUAGGGAUGUCCUUAAGUACCUCAAUUCUGCAGCUUACCAUUGAGAUGCUAAGAGCUCUUUUAAACUGGAAGGUCGGACUAUUCUUGAGAGUCGGAGUAGUUUUAUGAACCGUAUAAAAUCCACUAAGAAGGUCCUCAACUAUGACGAGAUCAAAAGAGAGCAGAUCCUACAAGAAUCCAAGAACCAAGCUAAAAGACAAAUAUCCUUGUUUACUCUCAGCACACAUAAAGCUCAGAGUCGUUCUAAUUCCAUCUGUAAAAGUAGGAGAAAGAGUAAAUCUUCUAUAAAUCAGCACAAAAGUGUUUAUUCAAAGGAAGCCAAGCCCUCUGAUCUUAAGAAACUUGGAAUUUUUGAAGAGGCAAAAACGACCAAAUCUCGAAAUUCCAAGUACAAAAAGAGCCUUAAAAACUGGAGUUUUGAUAAUGAAUACAACAUGUUUACUAACUCUGACAGGAAAAGAAUUGAGCAAAAGGUUAAAGGAAAGCCUUUUUGGCAAUCUCGGUUAAAUAUGAGUCGGAAAUCAGCCCAGUUCACCACAUUCUACAUCCAGGGUACUCCGCAUAAGACUUUUAUUAAAAAUAAACGAGCUCUUGAGCAACCUUCGCCUACAAAACUAAAUUUGCUGACAAAGCAGAGUAUAAUAGUCGAGAAGCCGAGGGAUAUUAAGAACAAGGACCUUGUUGAUUUCUGAAAUGAUUGUCCAAGUUUCAGCUCAUAAAUGUCAGACUUCAAGAUUGAGAGUAAACUAGUAUCAAGUUGUCAGAAGAGUUCAGUUUUGGCUAACUUCAUAUAAUAACUUAUC